AGUAGUUUCACAGUGUCGCUUUCACGAUGGUUUAAAUGUCGCCGUCGAAAGAAUAACUUCGCUGCCUGACCACAGAGAGAGACACCAAGAAAAAAAACGUUUCGAACAGAAUUGAAAUGAACAGAAACCCUAGAUUUUAGAAUUUCUCGAGAAAAAAAAUGUCAGUGUUAACAGGAUUACAAGAUCACUUAAAAUUAGCCAGAGAAUACGCACUCGAAGGCCUCUACGACACUUCAAUUAUCUUCUUCGACGGCGCCAUUGCUCAGAUCAAUAAGCACUUAAAUUCACUCGACGACCCUUUAAUUCGCUCAAAAUGGAUGAAUGUGAAGAAAGCAAUCUCAGAGGAGACGGAGGUAGUGAAGCAAUUAGAUUCGGAGAGAAGGGCAUUUAAGGAAAUUCCUACUGGGAGACGUGCCGCUUCGCCGCCUAUUCAUGCUAAAGCUUCGUCCUUCCUUUUUCAACCGUUGGAUGAGUAUCCUACCUCAUCUGCUCCUCAUAUGGACGAUCCUGAUGUGUGGAGGCCGCCGAGUCGGGAUACUUCGAGUAGGAGGCCUACUCGGUCUGGUCAAGUUGGUAUGAGGAAAUCACCCCAGGAAGGGAGUUGGGGCGGUGGCGGUGGUGGUGCUCCUCAUGGUGGUUCUAGUAGACCAGGUCCAGGUGGUCGUGCUACAAAGAGUGGUAGUGGGACGAGUAGGGUGAACUCGGGAGUUCGGGCGUCGACUACUGGGAGGAAAGGAACGGGUGCUGGAAAAAGUGGCAAGGGAGAUUCGGCUAAUGGUGAUGGUGAAGAUGGGAAGUCGAAGAAGGGACAAUAUGAAGGUCCUGAUCCGGAUUUGGCUGCAAUGCUUGAAAGGGAUGUGUUGGAAACUACUCCUGGAGUUAGAUGGGAGGAUGUUGCUGGACUUAGUGAAGCUAAAAGACUUCUGGAAGAAGCGGUUGUUCUUCCGUUAUGGAUGCCUGAAUAUUUCCAGGGAAUUAGGCGACCAUGGAAAGGGGUUCUUAUGUUUGGCCCUCCUGGUACUGGGAAGACACUGCUCGCUAAAGCUGUUGCUACUGAGUGUGGCACAACUUUUUUCAAUGUUUCCUCGGCUACAUUGGCAUCAAAGUGGCGUGGGGAGAGUGAGCGCAUGGUGCGGUGUUUGUUUGAUCUGGCACGAGCUUAUGCGCCAAGUACAAUAUUCAUUGAUGAGAUUGAUUCUCUGUGUAAUUCCAGAGGGGCUUCAGGAGAACAUGAAUCAUCUAGAAGGGUCAAGUCUGAACUUCUGGUUCAGGUAGAUGGUGUAAACAAUACAGGCACAAAUGAAGAUGGUAGUAAAAAAAUAGUGAUGGUUUUGGCAGCUACUAAUUUCCCAUGGGACAUUGAUGAAGCACUUAGGAGGAGAUUGGAAAAGCGUAUUUAUAUUCCUCUCCCCAAUUUUGAGAGUCGUAAGGAGCUUAUUAAGAUCAAUCUGAAAACAGUUGAGGUGGCUCCUGAUGUAGAUAUUGAUGAAGUGGCUCGUCGGGCAAAGGGGUAUAGCGGAGACGAUCUUACAAAUGUUUGUCGGGAUGCUUCGUUAAAUGGCAUGAGACGCAAGAUUGCUGGAAAGACACGAGAUGAGAUUAAAAGCAUGGCUAAAGAUGAUAUUUCAAAUGAUCCUAUCGCGAUGUGUGAUUUUGAAGAGGCAUUGCAGAAGGUCCAGCGAAGUGUUUCACAAUCCGAUAUUGAGAAGCAUGAGAAGUGGUUCCAAGAGUUCGGAUCUGCUUAAAUAUUUGUUCGUUUCUAUGUAUUUUAGUGGAUUGUAAUUCAAUGGUUUGCUUGUUAUUGUAACUUUUUUUUUUAAUCUGUAACCUCAUGCAUGUAUGUACUUUAUCAUCGUACAGAAAGCUUGUAAUUUGUUAGGUACCGUAUGUGACAUGAAUUGAAAAAAAAGGCAAAAUCCAUCUCAAUGUCUAUGUACUAUAUGUUUUCAUUUUUUUAA